GCUGAGAUCCCCACAGCGGGCAGCUCCGUCGCCACAACAUACCCGGCCCAGGGUGGUUAUCUCCCCAGCGGGGCCAGGGUGGCCUUGGGGGGCGGGCAGAGCCCUGUCCCACCCCCACCUGAGCCCUCCCUCUGCCCCCAGUGCUGCUGACGUGGGUGAACUGUGCCAGCGUGCGCUGGGCGACGCGGGUGCAGGACAUCUUCACGGCCGGGAAGCUGCUGGCCCUGGCGCUCAUCAUCAUCAUGGGCAUCGUGCAGAUCUGCAAGGGGUACUACUACUGGCUGGAGCCGCGGCACGCCUUCGAGGCCUUCGCACCGGUGGACGUGGGCAUGGUGGCGCUGGCGUUCCUGCAGGGCUCCUUCGCCUACGGCGGCUGGAACUUCCUCAACUACGUCACUGAGGAGCUGGUCGACCCCUACAGGAACCUGCCGCGGGCCAUCUUCAUCUCCAUCCCCCUGGUGACCUUCGUCUACGUCUUCGCCAACGUGGCCUACGUCACCGCCAUGUCGCCCCAGGAGCUGCUGGCCUCCAAC